ACAAAAAGCAACGACGAGAGCGGUCGCAACGACACACACACACCACCACAAUCACAACAAUCACAACAACAAGCACCAGGAAUACUGCCCCUCCACCCCCACCUCCUCCCUUUCCUUGUUGUUCUCCGUUGGUUGUCAACGCUCUCUGUGUUCUUGGCCACGGAACAGAAACAUACCUGCACGUAGCUUCAACACUUUGCGUACGCUCAACUGCAGCAGACCUCUGACACCGCCAGCACCUUCGUUUUGGCUUCAAAGUCAAAUUGUGUCGACAUCCACACCGUCAUCAUCACAUCGCUCAAACAAGCACACAACGCCGGGACUGCCGUCGCAUUUGUGCGCGUGUUUUCCAAGAGCGGCCGUCGCCCAUCACGCACUCCUCCAAGCCAAGCGCACUAACACCACAGCCUUCCAUACCUUGCAGAGCAUCGAAACAACUCCCCCCUCCCCCCAAUACAGCCAUGUCCUCUUCCAUCACACCCGCGCGCAAGCGCCUCAUGAAAGACUUCAAGCGCCUGCAGGAGGAUCCACCUCAGGGCAUCAUGGGUGCUCCCGUGGAGAAUGAUAUCAUGACCUGGCACGCCGUCAUCUUCGGACCUGAAGGAACACCGUUCGAGGAUGGCGCAUUCAAGUUGACGCUCACAUUUACAGAGGAUUACCCAAACAAGGCGCCUGUCGUCAAGUUUGUUUCCCGCGUCUACCACCCCAACGUGUACAAGGAUGGGUCGAUAUGCCUCGACAUUCUGCAGAACAAGUGGAGCCCGACGUACAAUAUCACGGGUAUCCUGACGUCCAUCCAAUCGCUGCUGGACGAACCAAACCCAAACAGCCCGGCAAAUGCGGAGGCGGCACAGCUGUAUCGGGAGAACAGGAGAGAGUACGAGCGCAAAGUGCGCGACUGCGUGGAGGAGUCGUGGUCGAGUGACGAGGAGGAGGAGGAGGAUGAGGAUGAGGAUGGACAGGACGGUGAUGACGAUGACGACGGUGCUGAUGGCGACGCACCAGAUGCAGACAAGCCCGACGCAGCGGAACAAUGAGCUCGAAAUCAUCGUUUGGUGCAGCCACGCGUGGCAAGCGUAUGUGUGUGUGUAUGUGUGUGUGGCGCGCUCUCAUGCAUGUUAUGCGUGACAUGUGCGUCACAUCUGGUGUAUUCGUGCAAUUUGUAUACUGUUGAGUUACGUGAGAGUAUGUGGAGAGUGGACGGCUGUGUUGGAUUCAUUCUCCCCACGUGUUGUGCAAUUUUCAAGCACCCGCGGGCUGCGUGACAGGCAGUUGUGUGCUCGCACGCCCUCUUCGCGUGGUAUUUGUGUCACCAGAGUCCCCUCAUUGUUUAGCUUGUGCCCAGUGCCCCUGUACGUUGGCUCUCUCUCCACACAAUACAGCAACAACCAACUAAACAGCAACUUCGAUGCACGCAACCACCAUGUCAUGUCAAAUGCUUCUCUCC